CUCUCUAUUUUUGCUAGCUCUUCAGUUUAGAGGAUGAAUAUCAAUAAUAACAAUCUUUGCUGGCUUUUACUCCCAUACUUUAUCUUCCUUCUUCUUUCUCUUCCUCCUUCUUCUUCUUCUUUCUGCAACCACCUUGACAGCUCUGCCUUGUUACUUUUCAAAAACUCACUCAACACUUAUCAUUUUCCUUCCAAAACAGAAUCAUGGAAAAACGGAACAGAUUGUUGUGAGUGGGAUGGGGUCACGUGCGACAACAUCUCAGGGCACGUGAUUGGCCUUGACCUUAGCUGGAGUAAUCUUCAAGGUCAACUCCAUCCCAACAGCACCAUCUUUAGCCUAAGACACCUUCAACAACUCAACCUAGCCCAAAAUUAUUUUUUUGGAUCUUCAAUGUGUUCUGAAUUUGGUGAUCUCGUGAAUCUCAUGCAUCUAAAUUUGUCAUACUCUGGAAUCACUGGUCACAUUCCCUCCACAAUCUCUCACUUGUCCAAAUUACUGUCCCUUGAUCUCCGUGGCUAUGACUUGAUAGUUAGUGAUCCCAACUACCCGAGAAUGAGAGUUGAUCCAUACACAUGGAACAAACUCAUUCAAAACGCAACUAAUUUAAGAGAGCUUUAUUUAGAUCAAGUGGACAUGUCUUCUAUCGGAGAGAGCUCUUUGUCAUUGCUAACCAAUCUGUCUUCCUCUCUCAUCUCUCUUAGUCUCUCAGCCACUGAAUUGCAUGGGAAUUUUCCAACUGACAUCCUCUGUUUACCCAAUCUUCCACAACUACUUCUGUAUGAAAAUGAGAAGCUGAGAGGUGAACUUCCAAAGUCCAACUGGACUGCUCCACUAAGCUACUUGGCUCUCGCUUAUACUGCUUUUUCGGGAAACAUUCCCGAUUCCAUUGGUCAUUUGAAGUCUCUUAAGAGUCUAGCUCUGCAGAGUUGCAAUUUUGAAGGACUGAUUCCCUCAUCAUUGUUUAAUCUAACUCAACUCUCCGAUUUAGAUCUAUCAUUUAAUAAAUUAGUUGGCCCCAUUCCAAGCAAAAUCAAUAAACUUUCAAAAUUGCAGUUUCUAUAUUUGACUAAUAACAAGUUAAAUGCAACAAUUCCAAAUUCAAUAUUUGAACUUCCAAAUCUUUCUGGUUUGAGUUUGGCAUCAACUGACUUGAGUGGUCAUCUGGACUUUCAUCUAUUUUCAAAGAUAAAAUAUCUAGGUAUUCUCGAUCUUUCUGACAAUAGUCUUCUCUCUAUUAACUUUGAUAGUACCGUUGACUACAUCUUACCCAACCUUCAAUCCUUAAAUUUAUCUUCCUGUAAUAUUAAUAGUUUCCCUAAAUUCUUAGCACCACUUCAAAAUCUUCUCCAACUAGAUCUUUCUCAUAACAACAUUCGUGGAAGCAUUCCCCAGUGGUUUCAAGAAAAGCUCUUGCACUCCUGGAAUUAUACAACUACUCUUAUUGAUCUCAGUUUCAACAAGUUGCAAGGAGAUCUCCCAAUUCCACCCAAUGGCAUUCGAUACUUUUUAGUCUCAAAUAAUGAGCUGACCGGGAACAUUCCUUCAGCAAUGUGCAAUGCAAGCAACCUCCAAAUACUCAACUUGGCUCAUAACAACUUGACCGGCCAGAUUCCACAAUGCCUGGGAACAUUUCCUUAUCUUUCGGCAUUGGAUUUGCAAAUGAACAACCUUUAUGGAAACAUACCUUGGAACUUUUCUAAGGGAAAUGCAUUUGAGACUAUAAAGUUGAAUGGCAACCAAUUGGAUGGACCAUUACCAAGGUCUUUGGCCCACUGCACAAAUCUGGAAGUUUUGGACCUGGCAGACAAUAACAUAGAGGAUACAUUUCCCCAUUGGCUAGAAAGCCUCCAGGAGUUACAGGUACUCAGUUUGCGAUCAAAUAAGUUUCAUGGUGUCAUCACUUGUUUCGGUGCCAAGCAUCCAUUUCCCAGGCUGAGAAUUUUUGAUGUCUCAAAUAACAAUUUUAGUGGGUCCUUGCCAGCAUCGUACAUCAAGAACUUUCAAGGAAUGGUGAGUGUGAAUGACAAUCAAACUGGUUUGAAAUACAUGGGUAACCAAAACUUCUAUAAGGAUUCAUUAGUGGUUGUAAUGAAAGGUCAAUACAUGGAGCUCGAGAGGAUAUUAACUAUUUUCACAACCAUUGAUUUAUCAAAUAAUAUGUUUGAAGGAGAACUUCCGAAAGUCAUUGGAGAAUUGCAUUCUCUCAAAGGGCUUAACCUUUCGCACAAUGCAAUCACUGGUACCAUUCCACGAUCCUUUGGUAAUUUAAGAAAUUUGGAAUGGUUGGACCUCUCGUGGAACCAGUUGAAAGGAGAGAUUCCUUUGGCUUUGAUCAAUUUGAAUUUUCUGGCAGUGUUGAACCUUUCACAAAACCAGUUUGAGGGUAUCAUACCUAAAGGUAGACAGUUUAACACAUUUGGAAAUGAUUCAUAUGGUGGAAAUUCAAUGCUAUGUGGAUUCCCUUUGUCAAAAUCCUGCAAUAAGGAUGAAGAUUGGCCACCACAUUCAACAUUUCACCAUGAAGAAUCAGGAUUUGGCUGGAAAGCUGUAGCAGUGGGAUAUGCAUGUGGGUUGCUAUUUGGAAUGCUUUUGGGAUAUAAUGUUUUCAUGACUGGGAAACCACAAUGGCUUGCGAGACUUGUUGAAGGUGUGCUUAAUUAAUGAAGAGUGAAAAGGACAAAUCAUAGGAGAAGGGAGGUUAUAGCUUGUUUAAGUGUUGGAUGGGUGGAGCAUCAAGCUUCAGUUUGCCCCCUGCGUCUAAUCACAUGCCGGUUCUGUGGUGAUAUGGUUCAAGCUGGGAGGUCUGCCAUGGACGUCCGUGACAGAUUAAGAGGAUUGUCUGAGCGUUCUGUGAUGUUGAAGGACAUGGAUAUUCGCCAGAUUUCUAGGAUGAAUAUCAAUAACAUUAUUUUCUGGCUUUGGCUUCUACUCCCAUACUUGAUGUUAGCUUCUUCUUCCUCUUUCUGCAACCACCAUGAUACCUCUGCCUUACUACUUUUCAAAAACUCAUUUACUCUCAACACUUCGCUUCAUUAUGAUUAUUUUUGGCUCUCUUAUUCUUCAAAGACAGAGUCAUGGAAAAACGGAACAGAUUGUUGUGAGUGGGAUGGGGUCACGUGCGACACCAUCUCAGGCCACGUGAUUGGUCUUGACCUUAGCUGCAGUUAUCUUCAAGGUCAACUUCAUCCCAACAGCACCAUCUUCAGCCUAAGACACCUUCAACAACUCGACCUAUCCUAUAAUGAUUUUUCAGGCUCUUCAUUAUAUUCUGCAAUUGGUGAUCUCGUCAAUCUCAUGCAUCUAAAUUUGUCAUACUCUCAAAUCAGUGGUGACAUUCCCUCCACAAUCUCUCACUUGUCCAAAUUACGGUCACUUCAUCUCGGUGACGACCAGAGCAUGAUGAGAGUUUAUCCAUACACAUGGAAAAAACUCAUUCAAAACGCAACUAAUUUAAGAGUGCUAGAUUUAGUUGACGUGGACAUGUCUUCUAUCGGAGACAGCUCUUUGUCAUUGCUAACCAAUCUAUCUUCCUCUCUCAUCUCUCUUAGUCUCUUUGACACCAAAUUGCAAGGGAAUCUAUCGAGUGACAUCCUCUCUUUACCCAAUCUUCAAAUACUAUUUUUGAGUUUUAAUAAAGACCUGGGAGGUGAACUUCCAAAGUCCAACUGGAGUACUCCACUAAGGCUCUUGGAUCUCACUUUCACUGCUUUCUCGGGAAACAUUCCCGAUUCCAUUGGCCAUUUGAAAUCUCUUAAAGAACUAUAUAUGGGGAGUUGCAAUUUUGAUGGACUGAUUCCCUCAUCAUUGUUUAAUCUAACUCAACUCUCCGGUAUAGAUCUAUCGAUUAAUAAAUUAGUUGGCCCCAUUCCCUCAUCAUUGUUUAAUCUAACUCAACUCUCCGGUAUAGAUCUAUCGAUUAAUAAAUUAGUUGGCCCCAUUCCAUAUUGGUUUUAUUCUUUGCCUUCCUUGUUAGACUUGGAUCUUAGCAACAACCACCUCACGGGGUCAAUUGGUGAAUUCUCAUCUUAUUCUUUGAAAUACUUGUCACUCUCUAAUAACAAACUGCAAGGUAAUUUUCCAAAUUCAAUAUUUGAACUCCAAAAUCUUACUGAUUUGAGUUUGUCAUCAACUGACUUGAGUGGUCAUCUGGACUUUCAUCAAUUUUCAAAGUUGAAAAAUCUAAAUUACCUCGAACUUUCUCACAAUAGUUUUCUCUCUAUUAACUUUGAUAGUAUUGCUGACUAUUUCUUAUCCCCCAACCUUGAAUACUUAAAUUUAUCUUCCUGUAAUAUUAAUAGUUUCCCUAAAUUCAUAGCACCACUUCAAAAUCUUAUCCGACUAGAUGUUUCUCAUAACAACAUUCGUGGAAGCAUUCCCCAGUGGUUUCAUGAGAAGCUCUUGCACUCCUGGAAUAACAUUACUCAUAUUGAUCUCAGUUUCAACAAAUUGCAAGGAGAUCUCCCAAUUCCACCCAAUGGCAUUAGAUACUUUUUAGUCUCAAAUAAUGAGCUGACCGGGAACAUUCCUUCAGCAAUAUGCAAUGCAAGCUCCCUCUAUAUACUCAACUUGGCUCAUAACAACUUGACAGGCCAGAUUCUGCAAUGCCUGGCAACAUUUCCUUCUCUUUUGGCAUUGGAUUUGCAAAUGAACAACCUUUAUGGAAACAUACCUGCGAACUUUUCUAAGGGAAAUGCAUUGGAGACUAUAAAGUUGAAUGGCAACCAAUUGGAUGGACCAUUACCAUGGUCUUUGGCCCACUGCACAAAUCUGGAAGUUUUGGACCUGGCAGACAAUAACAUAAAGGAUACAUUUCCCCAUUGGCUAGAAAGCCUCCAGGAGUUACAGGUACUCAGUUUGCGAUCAAAUAAGUUUCAUGGUGUCAUCACUUGUUUCGGUGCCAAACAUCCAUUUCUCAGGCUGAGAAUUUUUGAUGUCUCAAAUAACAAUUUUAGUGGGUCCUUGCCAGCAUCAUACAUCAAGAACUUUCGAGGAAUGAUGAGUGUGAAUGACAACCAAACUGGUUCGAAAUAUAUGGGUAACCAAUAUUUCUAUAAUGAUUCAGUAGUGGUUGUAAUGAAAGGUCAAUACAUGGAGCUCGAGAGGAUAUUAACUAUUUUUACAACCAUUGAUUUAUCAAAUAAUAUGUUUGAAGGAGAACUUCUGAAAGUCCUUGGCGAAUUGCAUUCUCUCAAAGGGCUUAACCUUUCGCACAAUGCAAUCACGGGUACCAUUCCACGAUCCUUUGGUAAUUUAAGAAAUUUGGAAUGGUUGGACCUCUCGUGGAACCAGUUGAAAGGAGAGAUUCCUGUGUCUUUGAUCAAUUUGAAUUUUCUGGCUGUGUUGAACCUUUCACAAAACCAGUUUGAGGGUAUCAUACCUACAGGUGGACAGUUUAACACAUUUGGAAAUGAUUCCUAUGCGGGAAAUCCAAUGCUAUGUGGAUUCCCUUUGUCAAAAUCCUGCAAUAAGGAUGAAGAUUGGUCACCACAUUCAACAUUUCACCUUGAAGAAUCAGGAUUUGGCUGGAAAGCUGUAGCAGUGGGAUAUGCAUGUGGGUUUCUAUUUGGAAUGCUUUUGGGAUAUAAUGCUUUCAUGACUGGGAAACCACAAUGGCUCGCGAGACUUGUUGAAGGUGUGCUUAAUUAAUUAAUGAAGAGUGAAAAGGACAAAUCAUAGGGAAAGGAAAUAGUUUAUCCUUAGUUUAAUAUGGUUCUUUGGUGUGUGUCUGUAUGUUUUCUGUAAUUUUAACUUAUGUCCUUUGUGUAACAAAUCACAUCUCUCUUGACUCGAGUGAUGUAUUUCAAGUUGUUUAAAAAUAAGAAAAAAAUUUGAUGAUAGUAGAUAUCAAAAUGAGUGGUCAUCACAUGUGAUGAUAUUGGCUCAAAAACAUUGAUUCUAAUCUCCAAAGACAAAAACUUAUUAGCCA